UGAGCUGAUCAUAGGGUGCUUCACCUUCUUUUUAUAGUCCUCAUUUUCCUUCUUUUUUCUCCAUAAACAUUUUAGUCAUCGUCAACCAACUUAGCUAUAUCCACCAAAACCUUUUGGAAAAAAGAAGAAAGAAGAAGAAAACCCUUCUCUGGUUUCUUCCUUUUGUUCUUUCUACUUAAUAUUAUUAUUAUUACAGUCAAAGAAAAUGGAGUUAGCCCUUAGCUUAGGCGAGACAAAUCCGACGCCGUUUUCAUUUCUCCACAAAGCCACCCAGAAGAUAACUAAUAAUAAUAAUAACCAGUCCGAGCUAGGGUUUUGCAUGGCCUUGGGGAACUCUGCUUUCAGUUCAAGAUCAUCAUCAUCAUCUGAUCAAGAUCAAGAUAAAAAAAAUAUUCACGAUCCAAGUAAACCAGUUUCUUCAUCAUCAGAUCUCCAACUUCCUCUUCAGCUUGAUCUAUUGCCUUCUGCUCCAGUUCCCCGUUCUCAAUCCACAUCUUCACAGCUUCGCUUUCCCUGGCUCAACGAUAACUUGAUAUCUGAACCAGUGGGUUCUAAAGGGUUCGACGUGAACCGUUUACCGGCGGUCGGGUCGACCCAGCCGGAGGAGACCGAAGAUGGAGUCACAAUAUCUUCACCAAACAGUACUUUAUCGUCUUUUCACAUGGAUUUUUGCGUAAGAAGUAGCAGUAGUGGAGGUGGAUUAAUAAGAACUAAUAGUAAUAACAAGAGAGAAUAUCAUAGUAAUAACAAUAUUAUCGAGUGUGAGACUGAGAGAGCGAGUUCUAGAGCGAGUGACGAUGAAGAGAACGGGUCAACUCGGAAGAAACUCAGGCUCUCUAAAGAACAGUCAGCUUUUCUUGAAGAAAGUUUCAAAGAACACAGCACCCUCAAUCCCAAACAAAAGGUUGCGCUAGCAAAACAGCUAAAUCUUCGUCCUCGCCAAGUUGAAGUGUGGUUUCAGAACCGAAGAGCAAGGACCAAGUUGAAACAAACGGAAGUAGAUUGUGAGUACUUGAAAAGAUGUUGUGAGACGUUGACCGAUGAGAAUAGGAGAUUACAAAAGGAACUUCAAGAACUAAGAGCCUUGAAAACCUCACAACCCUUUUACAUGCAACUUCCGGCCACCACUCUCACUAUGUGUCCUUCUUGCGAGCGCGUAGCCACCUCUGGUGCCGUCACCGUUGCCGGAACCGCCGCUAACUCCGGUAAACCUACUCAACACCGAUUUCCUCAUGGCCAAGUUGGGAAAGCUGCUCCAGGAAAUCUUCAAUAGUUAACUUAUAAUAAUAGUCGUACUAUAUAGAACUUCGAUUUUGUUUUUUUUUUAAAUAUAAAAAUCUUUUAUUUUUGUAAAUAUACCUUUUGGUUUUUGAGCCAAUAUAUAUCUUUGUCUUAAAUCCCGUUGAAUCUCUUCUUAGCUAGUUUUAGUUAUGAAUUUUUUGAAGAGGGAAAUUGAAAGUGUUGAUCGAGUGAUGAGAAGGUUGACAUAAUUUUGAAUGUAGAAAGAAAAAAGAAAAAAAAACAUUUGUUGGUUCUUUUAAGGGAUUUGGGAUAUUUAUUGAUUUUGUUUGUUAUGACAUGAAAUUAAUAUUAAUAUUACAUGUUAUUUAUUUA